GGAGCCGAGGCUGAGUCUUCCCGUAUCCCAGCGUGCAUCUCGCGGGCGAUGGCCGCCGCCAUGGAGGAAGAGGAGCUGGAGUUUGUGGAUGAGCUGGAGGGUGUGUUGUACCUGAGCCCGGAGGUGCAGCUGGCGAUAGAGCAGGUAUCCAGUGAGCGAUGGGUGGCACGUUUCCUUGCUCGACGAAUCUGUGACAAAAAUGAGACCAACCCAACAAGCGAGGAGGUGUUCCCCAGUCAGGAUCCCUUGGACAGGGCUGAUUUCAAUGCGGUGGAAUACAUCAACACGCUGUUCCCAACAGAACAGUCUUUAGCUAACAUUGAUGAAGUUGUAAACAAGAUUAGACUAAAGAUAAGGCGUUUGGAUGAUGACAUUCGAACCGUAGUGAGAGGACAGACCAAUGUGGGACAGGAUGGCCGACAGGCCUUGGAAGAAGCACAAAAAGCCAUUCAGCAGCUAUUUGCCAAGAUUAAAGACAUUAAGGACAAAGCAGAGAAAUCAGAACAGAUGGUCAAGGAAAUCACACGUGAUAUUAAACAACUUGAUCAUGCAAAACGCCACCUCACUACCUCCAUCACCACACUCAAUCACCUGCAUAUGCUCGCAGGCGGCGUCGACUCAUUGGAGGCUAUGACUCGCCGCAGACAGUAUGGAGAAGUGGCUAACCUCAUGCAAGGAGUCGUAAACGUGUUGGAGCAUUUUCAAAAGUAUAUGGGUAUUCCACAGAUCCGCCAGCUCUCUGAAAGGGUUCGAGCUGCUCAGACCGAGCUGGGACAACAGAUCCUGGCAGAUUUUGAAGAGGCCUUCCCAUCCCAGGGAACAAAGAGACCAGCGGGUCCCAGUAACGUACUGCGCGAUGCCUGCCUUGUUGCCAAUGUGUUGGAUCCAAAAAUUAAACAGGAAAUCAUUAAAAAGUUUACAAAGCAACAUCUUUCAGAGUACCUUGUUCUGUUCCAAGAAAACCAAGAUGUGGCAUGGCUGGAUAAGAUAGAUCGACGCUAUGCAUGGAUUAAACGGCAACUGGUAGAUUACGAAGAGAAAUAUGGCCGGAUGUUCCCACAGGAAUGGUGCAUGAGUGAACGGAUCACUGUGGAGUUUUGCCACGUCACCAGGAUUGAGCUGGCUAAAAUAAUGCGAACAAGAGCCAAGGAAAUUGAAGUGAAGCUGCUGCUGUUUGCAAUUCAAAGAACAACAAAUUUUGAGGGGCUCUUAGCCAAACGAUUCUCAGGCAGCACACUGAUGGAUGGUAUAGUGAAAAAGCCUGAAGCACCACCACCAUCCACAAACCCAUUCCUGGAAGAUGAAACUGGAGUAGAGUGUGACAGCGAGAAAGAAGGAGACCUGGAGAAGCCAAAGAAGCCCAAAGCCCCAGACAACCCUUUCCACGGCAUUAUCUCCAAAUGUUUUGAACCACAUCUCUAUGUUUAUAUUGAAUCACAGGAUAGGAAUCUCAGUGAACUGAUUGACAGGUUUGUGGCGGAUUUCAAAGCCCAGGGUCCUCCGAAGCCAAACACCGAUGAAGGGGGUGCUGUGCUCCCUAGCUGUGCUGAUCUGUUUGUCUACUACAAGAAAUGCAUGGUGCAGUGCUCCCAACUCAGCACUGGAGAGCCAAUGAUUGCUCUAACAACCAUAUUCCAGAAAUACCUGCGAGAAUACGCGUGGAAAAUCCUCUCCGGAAACCUGCCUAAAACUACAAGCAGCAGUGGUGGCCUGACCAUUUCCAGCCUACUAAAGGAGAAAGAAGGAUCCGAGGUAGCAAAGUUCACAGUGGAGGAGCUCUGCCUCAUUUGUAGCAUUCUCAGCACAGCGGAGUACUGCUUAGCAACAACACAACAGCUUGAAGAGAAACUCAAAGAGAAGGUGGAUGUAAGUCUAGUGGAAAGGAUUAAUCUGAUGUCAGAAAUGGACACCUUCAGCACUGUGAUUUCUAAUAGUAUCCAGUUGUUAGUUCAGGACUUGGAUGCAGCCUGCGAUCCUGCACUGACCGCCAUGAGUAAAAUGCCAUGGCAAAAUGUGGAACAUGUUGGUGAUCAGAGUCCAUAUGUCACAUCCAUAAUCCUCCAUAUCAAACAGAAUGUGCCCAUCAUCCGAGAUAACCUUGCCUCCACUCGCAAGUACUUCACACAGUUCUGCAUCAAAUUUGUCAACUCCUUCAUUCCAAAGUUUAUCAACCAUCUCUUCAAGUGCAAGCCAAUCAGUAUGGUGGGGGCAGAGCAGCUUCUGCUAGACACUCAUUCUCUGAAAACCGUUCUGCUUGAUCUUCCUUCCAUUGGUUCUCAAGUUAUACGCAAAGCUCCAGCAAGCUACACAAAAAUUGUCGUCAAAGGCAUGACUCGCGCGGAGAUGAUUCUGAAGGUGGUAAUGGCACCUCAUGAAGCCUCUGUGGUGUUUGUAGAUAAUUACAUCAAACUCCUGGCUGAUUGUAGUACAGACACGUUCCAGAAAGUUCUUGACAUGAAGGGUCUGAAACGAAGUGAACAGAGCAGCAUGCUGGAACUUUUCCGACAGAGGCUACCUAACCCCCCUUCAGGUGGAGAAAACAGCUUAACAACAUCGCUAUCUGCCCCGUCCCCUGAACAGGAAUCUUCCAGGAUCCGUAAACUGGAGAAACUCAUUAAAAAGAGACUGUAAACGAAGCACAAAAGUGGCAUAGAUCAGCUUUUGUGAAAUAACUGCUUUAUCCAGUUGCCAAAUUGGCAAAGGACUUUUCUUUUCCUCUCCCCUCCUCUUUCUGCAUCCCCUCUUUGUUCUCUUCUCUGUCACACGAGCAGCAGCCAUGCUGUUUGUUUUGUUUCUGUUCCUGGUAAGAUGUGAGUUCACUACUGCAACUGCAGUAAUCUUUCCAGCUGAGGAAACCUCCAGCAGAUCAGAACCUAGAGACAGCUCCAGAGCUUAUUGUUCUGAUUUGGAGUCAGAAGUCUGAGCUGCCUGUGCAGUUUCAUGUUCUGACAUUGCACGGGAGACUCAAAAUUUACCUGGGUAUAUUUAAAACGACUAUUAUUGAGUUUUAGUGUCACUGGCAUUUCACACAAAAGAUAUUUUUGUGUUCCUUGUGGGUCUAAUGCAGUCAUGGAAGUAUGGUCGUCCAAGAGUUCGAGGCAGCAGAGCCUCCAAACGUAAAGGGGAAUACUUCUUAGCAAUGAACUGAUUGCCCAGCAGUUGACUGGAAUUGUAAAGACAGUGCCCAAAAUCUUAGGAUCUAACACUGUACUCUUCUGUUGGAAUUGGAAAGAUCCCAUAAUGGUUACAGACUUGACCAGAUGGAAAUUGUAAAGAAACACUUAAUACUGAUCACUGAGGUUAUGAAACACAAUUUGUUCAACUGACCAGUGGUGUAAUUUCAUUUUUUCAAAGGAAAGAUUAUACAGUUAACAUGUUGAGUGUUGAAGUUCUGCCACAUCCUGGAAUGCAUUUUCUGGAAUGCACUCCAGAAACCUUCAGAACGUUACCAGGACUUUGAGUACAGUAACCAUUUGUUAAGGGCAAGAACACAAACGUUUUCCAACUCUGUGUGGUGCCAAAGACCUCACAAUAGAGGACUUAGUGUGUCUGCAAACUAAUUAAUGUAUAUUUGUAACUCUUUAUGUGACAAGGCACCAUUAAAGAAGUAUAAAAUAUGCUGAAGGGCUUAUGAAAUCCUAAUAGUCUUUAAAUGAACGAGAAUGAAAUAUGGCAGUACAGUAACUCAAGCAGUUGAGGGCUUGAUUCACAAGUGAAGUGUCAUGAGUCUUUGUUAAUACAGUUAAUACAGUUAAUGAAAUCCCUUAUAGAUGUGAACUUGGGAGAAGGGUUAAGACACAGUUUGAUUAAUCUAAUUCGCAUAUCAGCAUUAACGUUGGCUGUUGCAUAAAGGACUGAAGGGCAUGGGAAGUGAGAGCAUUUUUAUUUCACCUCUGUAUCUUGGGUUUGAUCUUGAAUAAUGCUUGGACGAAAGCCCUCACUCUGGAAAAGUGAGAAGCAAUAUAAACUUGGGCAAUCUCCAACUAGUUCCUCCGAAGACAGGACCUCACAACCUAAACUGCCUGACAGCAUUAGACAAUUCAAAAAAAUGGGAAGAUGAAAUUGUCACUGGUACAGAAUAGAUGCUCUUUUGAGGUAGGAUUAAGAUACAUUGGAGGGGAAUAGUGGGAACUGUACCUUGCAUAAAACCUGUACUUGUUCUGAUCUGAGGGCAAAUGUUGCUGAUGCUGGCUUCAAAUAGUGGGAAUACUUUAAAUUUCCAUGAGUAGUUCAUUUUUGUCACUUUGAGAGCAGAAGCUGUCAAAUAUUCCAUUCCCCUAUCACCACAACACAAACCUUUAUGGGCAGGACUUACAGUUACGAGGAGAUAAAGGCCAUUGUUGAAACAGCUAGAUUGCAUUUUCUGGCUUUGGUGUAAACAUUCUACUCUGGCCUUCAUAGAAUUACCAUUGUCAGAACAGCUUUACCUGCAUCAGCAUGUUCAGGCUACACUUAUUCAAACUUGCUUCAUUCAAAUUAUCUGAUAAUUCAAUGUGUUUGCAGUACAUUCCAUACUUAAUUCAAAUUGGAUAACUCACAUUAACACGAAGAUGACUUUGAAUUAUUGAGUAGACUGUAACUUCCUUGUGAUUACAUGUGCAAAACUGUUUGCUAUUAAUGUUGAGCAAUCAUUUUCAAUUCAUGCAACAGACUUGAAAGACUUUGGGGCUAUACAUAAUAUCAAAAACAAAAUGCUGUUGCUCCUCAUUUUAAGCCCAUAAAAAAGUUAAUUACCAGUAGCUUAACACACAAGGGCAAAUAUACCCAAUGGUUGUCAAUAUUGUUUCAUUUUUACAUGCUUUUUUUUUCUCUCUCUGCUGAAGGCAUUAAGGCUUGGUGGGGUAGUUUCAUAACACAUGCAGCCCAUAUUACUGAUAUGCAACCUUUCAUGUACAAGUCCGAGACAGUGAAUGUUGGCAGGUUGUUCUGCCACAGGGAUCAAGACAGCCAAGCUCAUUCCUCUCCUUAUUUUAUCUUCACUUGACAUCCAGAAAAUAUGUAUUUGCCAACAACAGAGGUAACUGGGUAGCAAUCAGGAAUGGAAACCCUCUGAGAUUGUUUUCUUUCUGUUCCCCUUUCCUCACCUUAACCCAGAUCUGGUAGCCAGUUGUAACUGCCCAACUGUGAUCUGUUGAGGUGAAUUAAUUCACCAGGAAUUGAACCUGGAUCAAGAAUUCUAAAUCUGUACUGCAAAAUUCUGCAUCCAUUAGGGUAUCGGAGAAAAACCUUGAAACUGUACGUUAAUAAUCCAGUUUGUAAUAAAAACGUUACCAACAUUAGAAACUGGAAUUAAGUAAAUUCAGUGACUGCAUUUGUACUUCAUUGGUUGUAGAGUGCUUUGGGAUGUCAUGAAAGAUAUAAAUGCAAAUUCUUCCUUAAUGGGUCUGUUAAUGAACACCUGUUUCUUGAAUGUAGCUUUCAAUCGUUCGCCUUUGAUGCUCAAGUGAAGUGAGGUGUUUUUGUUAUUUUGUUGUAUAAGAAUAAGAAACUUGUCUCUUUAGCUUAAAGAAACACAAUAAAAGUUAAGCAGGUGACCAUACCAUAUUUGUAAGAAACCUGUCCCAAUCCAGUAUAGCCAAAAUGAAGGGACAUCCAUAACCAAUACCCAGAAAGUCUGAAAUGUGGCUAUAGGAUUGAAAGUCUGAGCCUAAGCUUUGUUUUCACAACCUUGUUGAAAGCAAAAUAUUUUGGCGUUGAAGGUUACAGUCACAACCCAAAAGAGAGCUAAAAUGAAGGCACUUGGCUACAUCAAUACUUUACAUGGCUAUCAUUGGAGAGAGAAUGUGCAUCUUCUUUUGUGUUCCAGUGUGAAAGAAAAGCUUUAUAAGACAACACAAUUUUACUUGGAAUUGCCUUUUUUUUUUAAUUUUCCCUGGUUUGUAUAGUACAGAGUUUAUUUAAAUCUGGGUUCUUCCACAGAACUUUAAUCUGCUUGUUUUCAAGAUGUAAAUUUUCUCAAUUAUUUCUUAUUGUCCAGUUUCUUCACAACUUUUGAUGUGGGGUUUACAGGUCAGAGUUACACAACAGCCACCAGUUUAAACCUUGGAGGAUGCUGUAAUGAGCCUGUUGUGUACUUUUGGUAGAUAAAUGCACUAUUGGAACUGUUGGCACAUUAUUGCUUCAUGCAGGCCUAUAAGUAUAUAUUUAUCGCAUUUGUCAGUGUUUUAUUUGUCUCUGUGAUAUUUCGGGUUGUGCUCGCUGGCUGAUUAUAACCAAUUUUAAUGUUAACAUAAACAACCAACCAGAAAUAUAAAUAAUUUAAUUAAACAAUUCAUUGAAGCAACCAAUAGGGGUGGAAAAGGGUAAUUACACACUGUUGAUAUGUGUCCAAAACCUAUUAUUGAGAGCACUGCUACAGCCCCUAAACACUAUUGCCUUGAAAUUGUGCCAUGUGAUACUUGCAUGUAAAAUAUUUGACCCCUCUGCAUUAUAUUCCCUUAUUUGCUACUAUAAUGGUGGUCUUAUCUGUUCACUUUAAUUGUUAAAAGCCACAUAAAAUUGCAUGCAAAGGAAUGUCAUAUGAAUGAGUUAAGCAUAUGUACACUGUUACGGCACAAUGUAAUUUCAAGGCUGUUGAUUUUGGAUCUAUAAAUUAAUUGUUCUGGGGCCUUAGGCAAGAAUAUAGUCAAACAAUUCCACAUGACUAAAGCCACAUUGAAUUAUUUGUUAAUCAGUUGAAUAUUCUUUUGCAACCAACCCAUGGCACAGCCCGAAUUAUGCUUAAUUGGUUGAGUAAUUCUAAAAUAAAGAAUGGUUACAGUAUGUUACGUCCAUCCAUCCCCAGCACACAGCUUGAUGACUUUGCAAAGUUGUCCUGAUCUUUUGAGGGUUAGGGCUUAUGAUUUGAAUGUAAAAUAAAUACUCCUGAUUGCUAGUAAUACACUGUGAGCAUUCCACAUCCAAAAAAAAGACACACGUUUGAUCCUAUGUCUUGAUUGUGUUUAUUGAUCUGAACCAGUGCAGCACUUGGAUGCUACAAGUGCCCAUUCCUCGAUGAAGGAACAGAAAAAUCAACCAGAGCGCACACUCCUGAUCACUAUAUAUUUUCUUGUAUUGAAAGGAGUGUGUUUGUGCGUGGAUGCCCAAGUCAGGACAGGAUGUCCCCUGGUCAAGGAUUCUUCCCGUUUUCCCUACCCACUUGCAUGAAUGGUCAUUUGGGUGAGGUGCCAGAGAGGUGCUGUCACCUGUUGAGCAGUAUCUCAGCAAGGAUCUGCACCUUUGCAAGAAAAGGGAAUUUUUAAAAAUCAGAUGCAUCUUUUAUGAAGGGUUAAAUUUUAUAUACAAAAGGUGGAAGUAACAAAUGGGUGAAGAUGUGAUGUAUUUAUUUUCAUUUAAUGACCUGGACUGUAGUGUUACAUUAUCAUUCUUAAGGGUAAAUAAAACUGUCUGAGACUAAAGCUUCUGUAAUAGUGUGUCUUGUAAAUGGACAUUGUCUUGACCAGCUUGUUAAUACGUUUUCAAUAAAAAGACAACCAGUA